GCGCCCUCUCUCCCACUCCCCACACCCACGACUCGACAAGACCCUCUCGCCUCUCCUCGCUCCGUUUGGCGUCCGCCUCGGCUCUUCCUCUGUCUUCAUCAACCACGGUCCAGCUCAUCCACGGCGGAUUUCCGAGGCUGGGUUCUUUUGGUGACCAAUCGAGCGGCCUGUGGCUGGAGGCGCAAGAAGGGAGCGAGCAAGGACAAGAUUUCAGAUCGGGCUAUGCCAACUUUCGGUGACGGCGGAUAAAGAGAGGAACAUUGCCCAUGCUCGCGACGCGAUUCGGGAAUUUUUUUUUUCUUUCCGAAAAUGGGCAUCAAGGUAGUUCCACCUCCCUCUUCUUCAUUGUUGAUUGAGUCGUCCGUUGAUUUCGAUAGGGGCUGAUGAAGCUACUGGCGGACAAUGCCCCUAAGGCGAUGAGGGAGCAGAAGCUGGAGAGCUACUUCGGCCGGAGGAUCGCCGUCGAUGCCAGCAUGAGCAUCUAUCAGUUCCUCGUUGUGGUUGGGAGGAAGGGGACUCAUAUGCUCACCAAUGAGGCUGGUCAAGUCACCAGUCAUCUGCAAGGCAUGCAUUACCGAACGAUUAGGCUGUUGGAAGCAGGGAUACAGCCAGUCUACGUAUUUGAUGGUAAACCUCCUGAUUUGAAGAAGCAAGAGCUCGCACAACGGUACUUUAUUAUUAUGUAGCCUUAUCUUCUCUCGUUUUUUUUAAUUGUCUAUGAAUAUGUUUAGAUACCUUAAAUGUGAAGGUUUUUCUUUGUUUUGAUCACUUCCUUACUGUGCGAUAUUUUAGUUCUAUUCGAUGAGAAGUUUGAUGUUGUCUCUGUUUUCCAGAAAAACCUAUCUAUGUAGCUAACCAGAUAUGUGUGCGCAUGUGGUACAUGGCUUUGAUACCAUUGCAGGUGACACAACAGCACAAUGAAGACUGCAAAAAACUAUUGAGACUUAUGGGUAUCCCAGCAGUUGAGGUUACUAUUCUGUCUGAGAAGUUCAUUCUUCUUUAUUCGUAACAAAAAUGUUAGAUACCAGAUUCAGUUUAUGUAUGUCAGGCCCCUUCAGAAGCAGAGGCACAAUGUGCUGCUCUUUGAAAAGCUGGAAAGGCAUGUAUCUUCCUGGUUGAUCGUCUUCUGAUUUAGAAUAAUUCAUUGUUAUCUCAUGAUAAUCCAAUCAUCUAACUCUAUGGG